AUGAAGUUCCGCUUCACGACAACUCGCCUCGAGGCGACGAAUGCAGUUCUGGGCUCAAUGAAGGCCGCCACCAAGCUGACCACCAACUUGAUUUUCCGCUGCAGCCCCACAGGCAUUCACAUUGUCGCCGACCCUUCGUACCGAUCCAAUAGUCCACUGAUGUCGCGUUGUGAACUGCGUGCUGAGAAUCUGUUCUACGAGUACCACUUCAAUGGUGUCAGUGCAGAGCACAAUCUCAUUUACUUUGAUGUGCCGUGCCUUGCCCUCUCAAACAUUCUGGCCACUUUUCAUUCCUGCAUCAAGAGUCUUAAAAUUAAACUGGACAACGGCCCCAGUGGAGAAAGACAGCGUUUCGUGUUGAAGUUCACAGUGGAGUACCCUAGUCUUGAUAACAGUCGUUAUAUCCACCACGACGUGGGCAUCAGUAUUAUGAAGCAAAAGUACUGGGCUCCCUUCGAAGAGCAACCCGUUGAUCCGUUUAAUGUAAUUGAGUAA